AUGUCCGAACUCCGCUCUGCGGUCUACAUCGCACCUCCAGUCCCUUUUAGAAGCCCAGGCAAAGGAAGCGGCGGUGGCCUUUGGUCACCAAUCUCCUGUACCCUCAUUUACUCCGCCACCGAAGCAGUUCUAGUCGACACACCGAUCACCAUCCAGCAAACCCAAGGACUCAUCGCAUGGAUCGAGCGCAUCGCUCCCAAGCGAAAGCUAGCCUACAUUUACAUCACACACGGACACGGCGACCACUUUUUCGGGCUGCCACUGUUGGUGCAGCGAUUCCCCGAGGCCAAACCCGUUGCCACGGCGGCCACUCUGCGGCAUAUGGAACAGCAGAUCGAAGCGAAGAAUUUUGAGGCACAAUGGGGGUCUCGGUUCCCGGGGGAGAUCGAGCUUCCGUUUGUUUUGGCUCAGGCCCUCCCAUCAAGCAAUAAAUUCACUCUCCAGAAUAAGUGGUUGUUCCAGGCGGUCGAGGUGGGCCACUCGGAUACCUAUGAUUCUACUGCAUUGUGGGUUCCCGACCUCCGGCUGGCAGUUUGUGGAGACAUCGUGUACGGACAGGUACACCAGAUGCUGUUUGAAGCCAAUACGGCCGCGAAGCGUGAAGAAUGGAUCCGGGCGGUCGAGAAUAUUGAGGCUCUGGACCCUUUGUAUGUGGUCCCGGGUCAUUGCCAGGAAGGGGAGAUCAUGGGCCGCUGGCAUCUGACAAAUACCAAGCAAUAUAUCAGAGAUUUUGGGAAGGUAUUGGAAGGGAAGUCGAAUUCUACUAGAGAUAUUGUGGAAGCCAUGACGAAGUUGUAUCCGGAUCGAUACAAUACUGGUGCGCUUAUUAUGAGUGCUAUGGGCGCUAUUCAGGCUGCGAAGAAACCACGAAUUUAG